AACCUGGUUUGUCUGCCUGUAAAUAUGUUGAAAAGAUACCUCCUCAUCAUGUAUCUUAAGGCGAUUGAUGCGGUUAAUUAUAGAUGAGCAUGAUUGUUUAGGUAAACAUGCUUCGACAAUAAGAUCAACUGAGUCAGAUUCAACCAUUACUCUAUUGAAUCCUUUUUCUUGGCAAAUUGAAAAGCUGGGAGAAUACCCAAAAGUUUAGCCAUAAAAAUUUCAUCUCAAAUGUUUUUUUUAGUAGGGAAAUAUUCCGUUAUAAGUGUUAUAAAAUUUGUGAGGAAAUUAUUUCAUCACAAACAAUUAUUUUAAAAUAUAAAGACAAUUUAUAUUUUAUUUUGUUUUCUAUUAAAACACACACAAACUUUGCAUUCUGAAAAUCACACACAAAAGCGCUUUCUGGAAAAUCGCUUUCCCGCUCACAAACUCGCAAAAUACCUUUACUCGCAAACUCUCAGCAAAAUCACCGAAUCUGCGCAACAUCACUGAAUCGGAGCUAAAUCGUACUUGAUGAUUUCAUUUCUUCUUCAUCGGAGCUAAAUCGGACUUGAAGAUUUCGUUUCUUCUUCUUCGGAGCACAAUUUUCGUUUCUUCUUCGGAGCUUACACACUAGAUUCAUGAAAAAUUGGACAGAAAAGGCGAUUUCUGCAUUGUAUGUGGGGAAUCUUGUACAUAAGAACAAUUGGCAUGCGAUUAAGUCUGAUCUGCGCUUUGGUCCCUGGCUCGUUAAUUUUAGUGAAAAGGACCUUAGGAAUUGGGUCAAGGCUGAUGAAGCUAUGUUUGGAAAGAGUCAACCAACUAGACUAAAUCAGGAAGGGAUUUCCGGGGUGAAUCAGCCGAACAUUUGGCAAGAGAUUAAGGCCGAUCCUAGAUUUGGUUCAAUUCUUAGUAGAAGGAGUGAAGAUGACAUUAAAAAUAAGUUCGAGGCUGAUCUAGAAUUUUUUGGGGUGAACCGUUCUGAAAUUGACGGCAAGGAUAAGGUAAAUGAUGAUGCAGAAAAAUUUGAAAAUUGGAAAACAAAUGAGGCUUUUGCAUUGUGCUUGGGGGUCAUUAAAUAUGGGAGGAAUAAUUGGGAUGCCAUUAAGGCUGAUUUGCACUUUGGUCCGUUGCUUGUUGAACGCGAUGCAUAUUCCUGUCGUCUUAAGUACCAGCAUGAUUUAGAUAAAUUGGAGAGGGAUAUUCUUGCAAUGCAGCAGCAAGCAAGCCAAGAUACUGGUGUGCCAGAACCAGUGCGUGCAAUAGGGGCUGGGGGUGAAACUAGUAGGGGUGCCAGAGCAAGAGACAAGAAGAAGGGGAAGGGGUGCCGUAGAUAGUUUGGAAACAUGUACACCAUUUUUGUUGGAUUGGUUGAUCGAAGGCUCUGAUGGAUUUUUGGAAACUAACCCAUCAACUUCGCCAGAGCACAUGUUAAUUGCACCAGAUCAAAAGCAAGCUAGUGUGAGCUACUCAUCAAUCAUGAACAUUUCAAUCAUAAAAGUUUUCUCUAUAGUCAUAUCUGCUGCUGUUUUGAGCUACUCAUAAAAGAAUCCAGAUCACUGUAAAGCUGUGGGUUGUAAUCUAAUUAAAAGAGGUCUUUUAUGAGAGCUUUACUUUUCUUUUCUUUUCUUUUUUGCUUUUCCAUCAUAGUAGUUAUUUUAGGUAUAUACCGCUGUAGUGUAAUAGUACUAUGUAUAUUUGAUUUUGAAUAGUUAUGUCGUAUUCAUUAAAACCUCUCGUAAUCUAGAAGACAGGAUUACACUAUUCAUG